UCUUCCAGCCGCUCUUAGUUUCACCCUUUCUCUCCAAAAAACAAAACUCUAGCGGGCCACCGACUCCUCCGCCUUGAGGCCUCAAGCCCCCGCCAAAGAGACCAUUCCCGUCUCGAUCUCUUCCCCAAAUCAAAGUCCAAAAACCCUGAAAUCUAUUCCUAUUAUCCUGAAAAGAACAUCAAAUCCCAAAACCGUUUUGGUCUAGAAACCAAAAACCAAACCAGAUCCCUAGAACCCUCAAACCAAAGAACCACUUUACUAGCUCUCUUUUUUGGGAUUUUCGUCUCUGCAUGUGGUUGUUGCUAUUGUGGUUUGGUGCUGGUAUUAAUUUUUUUUUGCUUUCUGCGGUGAUGGUGGCAUUGUAGCUUUAUGGUGAAGGAUUUGAGGCUUUCGGCUGCUAAUUAGGUUUAAUGUUCAAACAAAUGUAAGAAGGAACCCCACUCGUAUGACUGAAAAAAAAACGUUGACAACCCUUGCUUCCUUUGCAUCCCCUAAAGUUUCAGUGUAUGGGUCUGGUCUCGUUGCAGUGCGAGGUAAUUUCGCUGACCCUUUCUUUCGAAUCCUUUUUGUUUUUUUGUUUGCUUGCUUUAAUUUUCCUAAUUUAGAAUCUUGGGACGGAAUUCGCACGUCCAGAGUACGUAUAGAGGGAUACAAUAAAAUAAAUCUCUAUUCGGAUGGAUUCUCCUGAGCGUAGCAGUCGGGGUUAUGCAAGACGAGAUAGAGAGGAUAGUUCAGACUUGAAAAGUGAUAGGGCAGUCGGGGAUGAUGAGGAAUGGGAGGCUACUGAUAAUAAGAAGAAGCAUAAGUCUACCAAGUCUAGAAAGCCUAGCAAUGUCGAAGAAGGUGAGGGAAUUGAAAGCAGCAGUGGAAGGAGGAGGAGUUCUGGGGAUAGAAGUGAGGGCCGCAAAAGGUCAGGUGCUUCUACCAGAGCUGAUAGCGACGAAGAUGAUUAUGACACCAGAAAACAGUCGCGUUCCAAGCAGAUCAAGAGAAAACAGGAGGAAAGUUCCUUGGAAAAAUUGAGUAGUUGGUACCAGGAUGGAGAAUUUGAAAGCAGACAAGAUGGUGCUGAUAAGUCCGCCAGUAAAGGACAUGCUUGGGCUGAUGAGACUGAGAGAAAGAAGGUUGCCUUAAAGCUGUCGGAGCAAGACAGCUCUCGGGGAAGUAAAAGCAAAGAAGAAAGGUCCCAUGAUGGAGAGCUUGAAAAGUUGCUGGAUAGAGACUCCAGGUAUUCAGAAAGGAGGGAAAGCAGCCGUGAUAAGGGUCAUGGCUCUUCCGAACUAUCAAGAAAUUCGAGAAGAAGAUGGGAUGAAUCAGAUGCUUCCAGGAAAGCUGAAGAAAACACUUAUGAACGGCCUGAUCUUAGAAGUGGAAAAGCUUCUGAUCUCAAGUAUGAAAGUGCUAGAGAGAAAACUGCUUCAGCAAGAAAUGAACCUAGUGAGGGUAAAAGCUCUGGAGCAGAUUCAAACAAUGACAAGUGUGUCAAAUCCAACAGUAGGGAAGAGAGAAGACUUGAUGCUGACAACAGUAAGAGCAAAGGUCGAUCAGAAGCCCUAGAAGAAGAUAAUAGGGCUAGUCCAUUGAAUCGUGAAGACAGAUCAGGUAGGGAGAAAACUGAGAAGCACAGACAACAGAGAACUCCCUCUGGUCGAGAUGUUGCUGAAAGCCGAGAAAGGACUUCAAAUAUGGAUGAAGAUGGAAUAACAUGGAUGAGGGACAGAAGUUCAAGAGAAGUUGGGCAAACAAACAGGUCUAGAACCCCUGAGAGGAGUAGUAGGCGUUAUCAAGAAUCAGAGCUUUCUGAGAUGGAUUAUGAAAGAAGCCUGGAGCGCAAACAGAGAGAACUAGAAAGGGAUGACAGAUCCAAAAGUAGGGAUGAUAGCUGGAGUGACAGGACAAGGGAUCGGGAAGGAUCAAAGGAGAACUGGAAAAGGAGGCAAUCGAGUAAUAAUGAUAAAGAUUCCAAAGAUGGGGACAUUGCUUAUGAUCGUGGUAGAGAAUGGGAUUUGCCGAGGCAUGGCCGCGAGAGGAAUGAAAAUGAGAGGCCUCAUGGUCGGUCAGGCAAUAGAAAAGAUGUAAAUCGAGGUGAAGCUGUGAAGACAUCAUCAAAUUUUGGAAUUUCAAAUGAUAAUUAUGAUGUGAUAGAGAUCCAAACCAAGCCUCUUGAUUAUGGAAGAGCAGAGUCUGCAUCCAACUUUCCCCGGAGAACCGAAGUUGGUCAGCAAUCUGAAAUGAAACCAGCUCUGAAUGAGGAAGAAUGGGCAUAUAUGCGAGACAAUAGGGGAAGGAGAACUGAUAUAUAUGGUUCUGGACCCUUGGAUGAAGAUUCAAGGGACAAAUAUACAGAGGACAAUAACUCAAUGCAAGAUCCAAAUUUAUGGAAUGAUGAACUUGAUUACAGUGGAGGAAAAGGGAGAGGCCAGAAACUUACUGUAUCUGGCCGUGGCAUUGGUGGCCAAAGUUCUAGUGCUGGGUCUCAUCCACCUUAUGGAAACCAGGAUCCAGGAACUUUUGGCCGAGCUCCUUCGCAAGGUGUGAAAGGAAGUAGGAUAGGAAGAGGAGGAAGGGGAAGACCUACUGGGAGGGACAAUCAACAGGUUGGUCUCCAAUUGCCUAUGAUGGGAUCACCUUUUGCUCAUCUUGGGAUGCCACCGCCUGGACCUAUGCAACCAAUUAACCCUAGUAUGUCACCUGCUCCUGGUCCUCCAAUUUCUCCAAGUGUCUUCAUUCCACCGUUUUCCCCACCUGUGGUCUGGUCUGGCCCUCGAGCAGUUGAUAUGAAUAUGCUAGGUGUUCCACCUGGUCUCUCUCCUGUUCCUCCUGGACCUUCUGGCCCAAGGUUUCCUCCUAACAUAGGGGCUUCGCCAAACCCUGGUAUGUACUUUAAUCAAUCAGGACCUGCAAGAGGACCUUCAAAUGUAUCUUUGUCCGGCUUUAAUGUGGCGGGGCCCAUGGGACGAGGAACACCACCUGAAAGAACAUCUGGGGGUUGGGUUCCUCCUAGAGCCGGUGGUCCUCCUGGUAAGGCUCCUUCCAGAGGAGAGCAGAAUGAUUAUUCUCAAAAUUUUGUUGAUACUGGUAUGCGACCACAGAAUUUUAUCAGGGAGCUGGAGCUUACUAAUGUUGUAGAGGACUAUCCAAGGCUUAGGGAGCUUAUACAGAAAAAGGAUGAGAUUGUAGCUAAAUCUGCUUCUCCUCCCAUGUAUAUGAAGUGUGACCUGCGUGAGUUGGAGCUGUCUCCAGAUUUCUUUGGAACCAAGUUUGAUGUUAUUCUUAUAGAUCCCCCUUGGGAGGAAUAUGUUCACCGGGCUCCUGGAGUUGCCGACCAUAUUGAGUAUUGGACAUUCGAAGAGAUCAUGAAUCUUAAGAUUGAGGCAAUAGCUGACACACCUUCGUUUAUCUUCCUUUGGGUGGGUGAUGGUGUGGGCCUUGAGCAGGGCCGUCAGUGCCUAAAGAAGUGGGGUUUUCGGAGGUGUGAGGAUAUUUGCUGGGUGAAGACCAACAAAAUAAAUGCAACUCCAGGCUUACGACAUGAUUCUCAUACUAUAUUUCAGCACUCAAAGGAACACUGCCUGAUGGGUAUAAAAGGAACUGUUCGUCGCAGUACUGAUGGUCAUAUAAUUCAUGCCAACAUUGACACUGAUGUAAUUAUUGCUGAGGAACCUUCUUAUGGUUCAACUCAAAAGCCAGAAGAUAUGUAUCGAAUAAUUGAGCAUUUUGCUCUUGGCCGCAGAAGGCUUGAGCUCUUUGGUGAAGACCAUAAUAUUCGAUCUGGUUGGCUGACUGUCGGUAAAGGACUGUCCUCAUCAAAUUUUAACACAGAGGCAUAUAUCAGAAACUUUGCAGACAAGGAUGGAAAGGUUUGGCAAGGUGGAGGAGGACGAAAUCCACCCCCAGAUGCACCUCAUCUAAUCAAGACAACCCCAGAAAUAGAGGCCCUGCGUCCCAAGUCACCCAUCAAGAACCAGCAGCAGAUGCAGCAACAGCAGUCAACUUCUAUUUCUCUGACAACACCCAAUUCCUCCAACAGAAGACCUGCUGGAAAUUCACCGCAGAACCCAGUUGCAAUGGGUUUGAGUCAAGAAGCUUCGAGCUCAAACCCAUCAACUCCUGCUCCUUGGGCUUCGCCUAUGGAGGGUUUCAGAGGACGAGAGGGCAUAAACAUGUCGUCAGAUGAUAGGAUGUUUGAUAUGUAUGGAUAUGGUGGCCAGGCAAAUGGGGAUUACCUGGAUUUUGAGUCUCAUAGACCACUGAAUUUAAUGUGACAAAUUCCAGCGAAACAAGAUGCUGUUGCGUUGUGAUUAGGUUUUUGGCUAUGAAUGGAAAUGUCAUUCUUUCUGGUUUUAA